AUGUCUGAGCCCAUCAGAAAUAAGAAGGCGGACUUCCCGGUUGCACCGACCCCGCAAAACACACCGGCCAACAAUGCUCCCAUCUCUUCUCACGCUCAGCAGCCUGGUGUAUCCAGCAUCGAGGAGGAAUCCCUUGACAAAGCUGCCGCUGCUUCGCUCUUCGCCCGCAACCCUGCUCUGGUCUCUAUGAUCCAAGGAAAGUUGGGUCAACUUAAGGAGCACUCCAAGUUGGAGGCUCAGUUCCAAGAGGAGGUUCUGGAACUCGAGAAGAAGUACUUCGGCAAGUUCACGCCCCUGUACCAGCGUCGUUCUACUAUCAUCAACGGCGGUGUUGAGCCGACCGAGGCCGAAAUCGAGGCCGGAAAGGAGGAUGAGGAGAGUGAUGAUGAGGAGGCCAAGGAGGAGACCAAGAAGGAGGAGGCUGAGAUCAUGAACGGCAUUCCGGAGUUCUGGCUUUCUGCCAUGAAGAACCAGAUCUCGCUUGCUGAGAUGAUCACCGAGCGUGAUGAGGAGGCUCUCAAGUACCUCACCGACAUUCGCAUGGAGUACCUUGACCGACCCGGAUUCCGCCUCAUUUUCGAGUUCUCUGAGAACGAUUUCUUCACCAACAAAACCCUCACCAAGUCAUACUUCUACAAGGAUGAGAGUGGAUACGGUGGCGAUUUCAUUUACGACCACGCCGAUGGAUCCGAGAUUGACUGGAAGGAGGACAAAGACCUGACCCUCCGCCUGGAGAGCAAGAAGCAGCGCAACAAGAACACCAAGCAGACCCGCGUUGUUAAGAUCAGUGUGCCUACCGAGUCCUUCUUCAACUUCUUCUCGCCCCCACAGCCACCCGCCGAGGAUGACGAUUCAGUCGCCAGCGACAUUGAAGAGCGUCUGGAGCUCGAUUACCAGCUUGGUGAGGAUAUCAAGGAGAAGCUCAUUCCCCGUGCCAUUGACUGGUUCACCGGUGAGGCUCUCCAGUUUGAGGAGCUCGGUGACGAUAUGGAUGAUGGUGAGUUUGAUGAUGAGGAUGAUGAGGAUGAGGAGGAUGAUGAUGAGGACGAGGAGGAUCUCGGCUCGGACCGUGAUGUGGACGAGGAGGACACAGACGAAGAGGAUGGUGCUUCCAAGCCCAAGAAGGAGGCCGCCGAGUGCAAGCAAAACUAA